AUGCGUAAAUGCAGGCAGUUGUUGGGUCAGCAGCUUUCUGGCUUGGAUGCAAAAGAUUUGCAAAAUUUAGAGAAUAAGCUGGAGAGGAGCCUAAGAAACAUUCGUCUAAAGAAGGACCAACUUAUGAUUGAUCAAAUCCAAGAAUUAAACAGGAAGGGAGGCCUCAUGCACCAGGAAAAUAUAGAACUAUACAAUAAAGUCAAUCUUGUUCAUCAAGAGAACAUUGAAUUACAGAAAAAGGUAUAUGGACCAAGAGUAAAUGAGCAUCCAACAGGUACUACCAUUCGAUACAGUAUCCUGACUACAGAGAAUGAAAAUGUUCCAGUUAAUCUUGGGCUAAGUCAACCUCAUAAUGUGGAAAAGGAGAAGUCAGGAACACCAACUCUGGGAUGAGUUCUUAUCCAAAUUCAAAUAAAAUUCAGAUUCAGAAAAGCACAUGAGUUUUGAUUACUGAAAGUGCAUCAGACUUCAAUUGCUGUGAGGAUGGACAAAAAUAAGAGCGCAUCAACUGAUAACCUUAGGUUAACACUACAAGGCGUACCAGCUACAGUUUAAGCAUUAAAGCUUCGAGAUGCCACAAUUUCUGUAUGAACAAGAGCAUUGAUUAUGCUUCAGCUUUCCAUAUUCAAUGUCUGGAACCCAUUCAGGAACAGCAGAGUUUAUGUCAUGUAUAAUAUUGUUCUGAACAAUGCAGCA